UAAAUCAGUGGUUACAGGAAACAUCGGUAACAUUGAAUAUGGCUUUCGGAAUGAUGUUUAGGAAAUGGAAAGUUCAAUUCUUAUGUUUUUGAUUUAUUUUAGUGCAAUGUCACAUUUGUUUAUCGUCACAGAAUGGGAGGAUGUAUUGGAAUAAAUAGAAGCAGGAGUGGUGGGAUAGACGGAAGUUCAGAAAAUGUAUCACGUCCUAAUUCAGGAAGUACCAGAAAAAACCAUCCACUGUGCCAUGAAACCAUCCGUUGGAAGUCUGAUGUGCCAUUGACAGAGGGUCAAUUACGCAGUAAAAGAGAUGAGUUCUGGGACACUGCCCCUGCAUUUGAGGGCCGCAAAGAGAUUUGGGAUGCCCUGCGAGCUGCAGCGGUAGCAGCCGAGUCAUUGGACUUCAUGCUGGCACAGGCAAUACUUGAUGGGGCCAACAUAUCAGUUCCUAAUGGUUUCUUGACAGAGUGCUAUGAUGAAUUGGGAACUCGUUACCAGGUGCCAGUAUACUGCCUCUCCUACCCUAUAAAUAUUGUUAAGGAAGAUAAUGGCCGUGAAUCACCUAUUGAGAACACAGAGCCGUCGGAGAGUGGACAGGAAAUCGUGCUGAAGCUGAGGCUCUCGUCCAACUGCCAGGAUGUCAAGCUGCCUCUCUAUACCAGUGAUACCAUCGGCAUGGCCAAGAAGAAGUUGGAGAGUCAGGAAGGUCUGGAGCCAUCUCGUCAGCGGUGGUUCUUUGGUGGUAAACUGCUUGGGGACAAGUUACACGUUGAGGAGGCGAAGGUGUCUCCUGGUUACGUGAUACAGGUGAUCGUCAAUCCCGAGCCAGUCUCGCGCGUCGACAGUUGAGCUCACAUCCGUACGUUGCGUCCUAACGGUAACAGUUUCAGCGUUUUACACAAUAAACAAUUUUGGUUUUAAAUUUGUGAUAUUUUUUUAUCAAACAAACUAUUAUUGAGGUACACAUACUUAUAUUAAUCAUAAUUCGUAGCGUUAGUAUGGUUUAAUCGAGCAUCAAGUUUAUUGAUAUAAGAGAUUGGGGGUUUUAUGAAUUCGCUGUUUGACCAGCUUAACACAUUAUGCACAUAAUAUUUAUUAUAAGUUGAUACAUUUACCAUUGUAAUUCUUGGUAUUCAUUGGCUUAACACAGUCUUAAUUAGGUUUUUAUGAAUUGUAUUUAACACAUAUACUUAUCUUAUUUUAGGGUCUGUAUUAGUAUACUAUUUGGCUAUACUACCGAUACCACACAAAACUCGCUCACUGCAUUUUAAUUAGUUAAAUUUUUAAAGCAGUAAAAUUUUGUUGUUAAAAAUAAAAUUUAAUAAUUUGUAUGGUCUGUACACAAUAGACUAUUUUCUUGUACAACUAAAAGAAAAUUCACAAACAAAACUACAAAGUAAUUACAAUUGUGUUUGUUUGUUAGUGUUCUAUGUUAGUAACAUGUUACAUUGUUGAAGUUAUAAUAUAUCAGUUAGUAAUAUUAAAACAGAUAUUUUCUAGUCUAAUGCGGAUUUUUAAUUGCUUUAAAAAAAUAACUAUACACUAGAUAAUAUAUUCAUAAUAGAUUUACGAGAGCCCAUGUUUAAUAGCUUUAAAGCUCCCCAGUGAAACCACUAACACUAGUGAACAUUCUUUCGAGUUUUGCAAUUUUAGCUACAUAAAAUAAUGAUAAAAAUAAAUAAUUGUUUGGAUGUCAUUCAUUUUAUAUAGCUAAUAUGUGCACGAAAGUAUUUUGUAAUAUGUUUAUAAUAUGUAAAUUCUGUUGUUAGGUAAUUAAUAUUAAUCAUGGUAUGCUUAAUAAGUGAAUAUUCAUAUCACUGGAUUAUAAUGAGCACAAUUUGUAAUAGAAUACAAUUAGUUUAAAGUACAUGUCACUGUUUAGUUUUUGUUUUAAGAUUACAUUAUUUAAUGUCAGAUUCAAUGAUGACUUGAAAUUAUAGUAAACCUAUAUAACCAGUACACAUGAAAUUAAAUAUAAUUGAAAGGUCAAUAUAGGUUAAUGUAGAAGUGUUCAGUUUUCUUAUAAAAUGGUAAAAUGUAUUUUAUAAAACUAAACUAAUUAUAAAAUUAGGGGUGUAUAGUUUUAUUUUAUAAUAAAAUACAAGAUAAAGAAAUUCAGUGUUUUAAUUUGGUAAUACACAUUUAGUCAAUGAAAUUUGUAGUUCAAAUUAGAGGGCUAUCAAUGUUAUACACAAAAAAUUGAUUAAGCUUUAUACUGUAGUACAGCAACAACUUUACCUCAUUCAACCGCAAAAGUCAUCACAAGAGAUAUAUUUUUAAAAUUCUAAUAAUUAUUUGUGACUUGAAUUUAUAGUCAUGUGUAUUGUUAUCUAUAAAAACUUUAUUCAGUUUUAAUGUAACAGUACUUUGUCGCCCAACAGUAUUUGAAAUUGUUUGUUUCUGGCUUUAAAAAAAGUCUUGACCCAACAAAAAUAUACUGAUUUUCCUUCUCCUAUGGCAUAUUAUGUUUGUUUGCUGACAAAGGUGUUACUUUUUCAUGUAAUCAAUUCCAAGUUGUUGGCCUUGAAUCCAAGUCUCAUAAUAACUGACUCAAGGAUGAAAUCAUCGGAUAUAACUAAUUUAGAACAUAAUGUAAAAGGAUUUAAAUGUUGAAUGCUAAUGUUCUGCUUAGUGAACAUGUAUACUUUUUCUAAUUUUAGUAUUUUAUUUGUUAAUGUCAAGCGUUUUGUUCAAAUACAAUUUCAGUGGGUUACUUAAGAGGUUUUAUAUUUUAUUUACUCUUAUAAACACCUGUAAUUAAUUUAAAAUAACUGACAAUGAGCAUUAUGUAUAUUUUAACCAGCCAUAAUGUAGUUUCUACAACUGUGGAACAGGUUAUUAGCUCUCACAUUGAUAAGUGCUGUGUUGCAGUUUUAAGUGGUUUAUGGCACAACACUACAUGUUAGGAUAUCUUCAAGUGAAACAAACGCACAAGUUAUUGUUCUUUUUACAUAGUACAAAGAGAUUUCAAACCGUGUUUAGGAUGAGUUAUUGCGUUUAAAAUGUGCAUACAACUGUUGUUUAUCAAUUCAAGGUGUAAAGUAAUAAUAUUUAACUAAAUAAAAACUAAACCAUUUUCGUUCAUUUUUAAAGAAAAUCUUUAUGCUGCAUUUGUUAAUUUGUAAGUUUUAACCACUUAAUUUUGAAAGGAUAAUAAAAUAGUUAUGGACAUUUGCCAUUUUUAUACAUGACAAAUACUUAAAGCCGCAACUAAAUACAAAAUGUUCAUAACAAUAAUGUUAUCCAUUCAAAUCUCACGUUGUCAAUGAGGAAUUUCAAAUAAACAAAAAUAAGUUUUAUUGUAAAUGCACAUAUUUAAACUUUACUAAAAAAAAUGUGAUUAAAAGACAUCUAUAUUUAUUUGCAGACAGUAACUAAACAGAUUGGAGCAAUCGAGUUUUGAUUAUUUGCAUAAUUAAGCUUCUUAUUUGAAGCAACUACAAUAAUUUUAUCCAGUUGUAAAUGUUUGUUUAUAUCCCGAAUGCUGUUUUUUUUAUUAUUAUUUGUGCUGUAAAUAUAAUAUUUAGAUUAUUUUCACGUUAUUCCGCAAAUGUUAAGUUUUAUAUGUACCAUCUUCCUUUGGUUAUUUUAUUAAUAUAAAGUGUUAUUAUGUAAAGGCACAGUGUAAAUAUUAAUUUAAAUUAUCAUAGUUGUUCCACCUAAUAAAUCAAUAAUAACUUGUUGGUUUCCCUUUAACAGUAAGUAAUGAGAAUCAAUUAGUCCUUGAUAUAGUCAGUUAAGUUUAAAAUUAAAAUCCGAAAUUAAAAGUAUUCAUGUUUUAUUAGAUUAUAUAAUUCAAAUCAAAAUGUAAAAAUAAAAUUUUAUUAACAUACCAUUCAUUAACACAAUAACAAUUAACAAAUUGUUAAAGUUAUUAAAUAAGCUACUGUUUCAUCUCAAUCUCCAAUAAAGAGUUAAUCAAUUGGUAUUAAAGUAACGUACAAAAUUAAAUCAGUGGGAAAAAAUUAUUUUAACUGCUUACAGUAUUUUAUGUUUUUAUAUUACAAAACUUUAAAUGAUCAAAAUUCUUAAAAUAAAUAAAAUUUUCCUUAUAAUUGCUUUCUUGUAAACAAACUAUAAAACCAAUAAAGUUCUUGUCUCAUAGUUAUUAUUUAAUAAUUGUGAUAAUUCAACUUUCCUAAACGUAUCUUUUCUGUAGAAGUCUUUAUGCUGCUUCUAUUAAUUUAUUGUUUUGUAGUUUUUUACUUCAGUUUGAACAGUGGCACUUAACAAUUUGUUUAUUAUAAAAAUAAUUGAUACUAGUAAAUUGAGACAAGUCUGCUUUGUGAUCGGGUUAUAGUGAGCAACAAAAUAAAUUAACAAACAAUGUGCUCAUUACAAAUUUGUAGACUAUGUUUAGUUUUAACAGUAUACUUGACUCUUUAUUUGAGUUUGAAACCGAUUAAGUUUGAAGUUCUGUAACCACAUUGACCUGGAUCAUUGAAGAUUUAAAUUGAUCAACUCAAUGUUUCCUAGCAAAUUAACUAAUUUUAUAGCUCAUUCUUAGUUCAUAUUUCACCAUGUCAUGUAAUGAGAUAUCUGUGUAAUUCUACAUUGUGUAAAUAUAAAAUGAUGUAUGAUACUAUGAAUAUUUCAUGUAAAUAUUAUCCUAAACGUCACACAAAGACAAUGGUUCCCGCCACUGUGUCUUAUUUGACUAGGAGUGGUUGUGUAGCCGACAUGAUGGAAACAACGAAGUUACAGAGGUUGUGACGGGCCAAGACUGAAACAUGGUGGAAUGCUGUACAUAUUAUAAUAUAAUAUAUUGAACUCAACAUGAUUUUUUACUCUUGUAACCAAAUGUUUGAGUUAGGGAUCACCGGUAUUUGUAUGUUAAUUGUUUAUGUUAUUAUGAUUUAUAUAUCUGAGGGUGGCUAGGACACUGUACUCAUACUAGCCAUUCCAUUAAAAUGUUUUAUAGAUGAGAAAAUAAAUGAACAUAAUGUUUUA